CCCGGCAGAUUGGGAGCUUCGGUUUUAGCUUUUUGUUCGUCGCCGUCGCCGCCGGUGUGUGCGGGGUGCAAGUCCCGCGUCGACGCCCUCCAGGGUUUCCUCUUCGACCUGGAGUCCCAAGCGCCGGCGAGGGACGGACCGAUCGCCGCGGUGAAGAUGACGCAAAUCACCGACGGGUGCGAGCUCACGGACGCCACCGCCACCCCGGAUGGGCGAUUCGCGAUUUUUAUGCACCGGUGCGAGUCGGACAGCUCGGUGCAGAUUCGCGCGGCGCCCAGGUGGGCGUUCCGCGUGGACGGCAACCGGGUGCCCAGCAGGCUCCUGUUCACCCUCGACGGCCGCAACGGUUUGGCGGGGGCGAAGACCCCGGGGCACAUGAAUCGCGGCACGUUCGCUAAAGCCGCGGGUAUCCACGCAUUUGCAGAGACAGACGAGAACGGUUCACCGACGCUGGCGCUCGCGAUCGUGUCCGACGACGACCUCAACGCCGACGGCUCGUCGCCGACCACCGUGGCCAAGUUCAGGGUGCGCGGGGACGUGUACGCGGACCCGGGUCAGGCGCCGUGGCCCAAGGACCCCAAGGAUGGGACGUCGGGAGAGCACCCCAAGUACGCCAUCUACGACCCGCCAAAGGAAGCCGGGCUCGGCGCGGGCGAAAGAUCGGCGGGGGUCGGUGCCGCCGCGGAGACGAGCGACGUUAACAAAGAGGGCGAAAAGAAACCGGGGCUCGCGAGGCUCGGCGAUGGGCCGGUGGUGGUUCGCGAGGCGUUCCCCCGGCUCAUGCUCGACGAGGUUGACAGCUUUUUGCUGGCGGAGGCGGAUUACAUGGAGGCUCGAAGGGAGGAGGAGGAGGAGGCGUACGGGGACGACCCGUUCACGCGGACGGGUGUCGGGCCGGUGAUUCGAAUCGUCACCCCCACCGAGGCGGACUACGACGCGAGCAUGGGCGUCGCCGAGGGGGACUUGGACCCUUACGCGUUUGAGCGAACGCACGAGCCCCGCGGGUCUCGUCACAUGACCGAGCGGCUCUCGUCCGGGAGCGUGAAGCGGGUGUUUCGCGAGAUGUUCGGCGUCGACGAGCACGGUGGGAUCGGUUGGCUGGCGGGCACGUUCGUUGGCGUCUGCGUCUUUGGCGGCGUGGUGAUCGUCGCGGUGGUGGCGGAUAAGGUGGGCGGGUACGAGUCGGUGCCCGAGGCGGCGGACGUCUUUGGCGGCGGGGGCGAUAGGGAGAUGGACGUGCUGUCGUCGUCGGGGUACGGGGGACUUCGAAACGACCGAAAGUACGGGGACGACGCGGUCUGAAAUCGACCGAAACGCGGACGCCUCGAUCGUUCGUUUAGCGCCACCUUCGAACACUUGUGAUGAUUCAUCGUGACUGAAGUUUGAACUCUCAACGACAAAAACUCUCGUCGGCGUAUGAUACAUGAUGGGCGUCGGCGGGCACCAGAUCCGCACGAGCGCGCCGGUGAGGUGAUCUAUUCCGCGUGCGUGAGAAACGACGGUGGGCUCCACGCCCGUCUCGCUCACGCGCGCGACUCCCCAUCGUCCGCGAAGGGCGAUGAGAGUCCCCGCGCCGUCCCGAAGUUCACCGGCCUGCCCCACUCCGGCCGCGAGAGCCUCGGCCGAGCCUCCGGAUGCUUGGGAUAGAAGCACAGCUUGAGCACGAGAGAGUACCUGGGCACCCCCGCGCCUUGACUCGGCGUGGACACCCUGUGCAGCGCGUCCUGGUCCAUCAGGAGCACCCGCCCCGGCGUGGGUCUCACGAACACCCCGGUCCCGGUGCCCGGAUCCAGCACCAGCGUCUCGGCGUUCAUGUCCGCGGUCCAACCGGCCGCGUUCAGGUACACCAGCGCGGAUACGAAGAGCGGUCGACCCACGGACCUGUUGACGUACGUCCCGUACCGUUCCGCGAAGGGCGACGACGGAGGCAGCGCCGCCUGGUCGGCGUCGAGGUGCCACUUGAAAUCGUCUCCGUACACCGCCGCGUUGGCCACCGCCGUGGCGAUUCGCCUCCCGGACGAAUCCGGUGACGCGCCGGGCACGCCGUCGGGCUCGAGCGCGUCCGCGGGCAUGGUUCGGACGUGGUACUCGGGGUAGAGCGCGGCGAUUCGGCUGAGAAACGCGGCGGUGGCGGGGUGCGACACGACGUCUUCCAACGCGGACUCGGUCAAGCCCCACGACCCGGGGGCGGGUCGGAACGUGCCGUAGGAGCCCGUUCGGAUCCCGUCGGAGCCGUCUUCGGAGCCGUCUUCGGAGUCCCCUUCGGAAUCUUCCUCCGUUGUUCCGUUUAUUCCGUCCGUCGUGGACCUGUCCCACUUGGGCGUCGGCGGCGAUGCCGCGGUCGCGUGGUCCCACCCCGGCUCCGUCACCGCGUCCAGCAGCGCGCCUCGCAGGCUCUCGCCCACGACCCCGUCGAGCGCCACGAUCGCCGUGGCGUCCUCGCGGAAGUAGUCACCCACGCCGAACGGCGGCGGGUCCGGCACGGUGGCCGCGUCGGUGACGACGUUGAGCACCGGGACGGCGCUCGCGGGGGACCACGCUUCCUCACCUUCCCACGCCGUGUUCGUCGCCCACAACGCUUUCGACGACGGCGUUUCCGCGUACGGACUCGUGGGCUCUUGUACGUUCGCGUCGCUUCCCG